AUGGACUCCAGCAAUGGUGUGAGCUCGUGUGAGAGUGUUCCACAAGAAUGCAGUGCGACAAUACGGAACUGUUUUUUCGAAGAGAACGAGAGAAGCUAUUGGGUCUCCAAAGGUGGCGUAGCGAAGAAUGAGAGCAGCAGAGAUAGAGACACUACGUGGAAGAAGACCAGUGAGGAUGGCGAUUGCAUGGGUCUGUUGGGUUUGUUGGAGGGACUGUGUGGAGGAACAGAAUGGGAGGAUAGUGGGUUUGGGGGGGAGGCGAAGAGUGUGAGCAUUUCUGAACAUAGAAAGACAACAAAGCCUUGUUUCAAAACACCGUCGCUGGGUUUUGGGGUGGCGACUGGCGGAGAAACGGCGGAGGAUGGCCUCCGGCGAACUGAUGACUCAACGUGA